AUGAAUUUUGAUUUACCAACAAAAAAAAAUAAAUUACAAAAUGUUCAAGAAGAAACUCAAAAGUACGUGAUACUGAAAAAAAAAGAUUCAGAUAAACCGCCAUUUCUUGUGCCCAUUAAUUCUUUGGCGAUAGAAACUCAAAAUUUUUUACUAGAAAGUAUUAAAAACCACAAACCAAUUACGACAAAAACAACACUCCAAUUGUCCGAAUCUUCCAGCCAGCUAAAUCAAAAAACAAUCAGUGUUACGGAUACUAGAAAAAAAUUAGCAAAUAUAGCAACGACACAAGAAAAAAAAGAUAAAAAAAAAAAUUGGUCAAAAAAAAAACACCAACGGCCAAAACUAAUUUCUUCAACGUGA